GGUUUCCCUUUUUCUGCGAUGCUGCUUUUGUGUUUACAUGUAAAAAAAUGAACUGUUUUCGGAAAGUUCAUUCAGUGUUUCGUAUUUUCAGAGAAGGUUUUCUGUUCACGCUUUGCAUUUGCUUGAUUAAUUCAUGGAACUGAAAGAUCAAUCAUGGAUAAAUGUAUCGUAAAAGAUGUUCGUCUCACAGGAAAUGACUCAAGUCUGUAGUUUGUGCCUCCAUUGUGUCAGCUAGCUCGUAGUCUGAGCGACAUUAUGUAACUUAGUUUGGAAACACUAUUUUAACCUCCUGAGUCUCAUUGCUCUCUCUUGCUCUGUGUGUCUAAUUGUAUGUGUUUGUACCCGUACCUGUGCGAAGUAGCAAUGAUUUUUGCAUUUUACAUCCUUUGAAUGCAACACAUUUUGGUGCAUGUUGUUGGACAAUGGUCAUGUGCGCCAAUGCGCUUAAUAGAAGAUGGGAGUCCAGUACUAAAGUUGUAUCUUUAAUUUGUAGCUCUCGGUUGGUUUCAAUGUGCAAGAGUAAAAUACAUAUUUCCUGAUUGGGUCAACGGAAGUACAUUGUGUAUUUAGUUUUGAUUUGACUGUGUAUAGCAGAAAAUGGCAUCAGAAUUCCACGCAUUUCGUGGACUUUAUUACCACUACUUCUUUAUUAUUAGCAUACCUGUCAACCUGAGCCUGUUGGCAAUCUUACAAUUAGUCAGUGUUGGGCACGUUACUUUAAAAAAGUAAUUAGUUAACAUUACUCACUACUUCUUCCAAAAAGUAACUGAGUUAGUAACUGAAUUACUCUAUAGUAAAAGUAACUAGUUACCAGGGAAAGUAACUAUUUCCGUUACUUUAAAAAGAACUUGUUGUAUGUCAAAGAAUUUGAAAUUUUCUGAGCAGUAUUCGAGUCAGUGGAAUAGAGAAGAACAGACAGGUAGUUAACUGUUCGGUGCUUCAGCAGAUUUGAAUUGCUUACCACAGAUGUCGACAAAAGCUUUGCCCCGGGACAUAAAUUACAUAUUACAUGCAGGUUCUUUCCUUUAAUUUCGACAAACUUGAAAUAGUGUCUAUAUCUCCACAAUUUUUCUUCUGAAUGCUCUCCCAUCCCGACCCUGUGCAUCUGUUUUGCGUGUGUGUUUGCCGCACGCGCUGUUCCGGUUUGCUUGUGAAAUCACCGGCUCUAAUUGGCUUACUACGACACAUGACUCUAACCCUCAGCCAAUCACAAUCACUUCCAUCGCAUCUCUCGAGGGGCAGCAUUCAGGUAGGCUCGUUUCCUGACAAUUCACGUCACCCUCAAAGCGUCUGCCGUCCUCAAGAUGGAAGCAGAAUUAUUGCUGGCUGACAGUGGGAGAUGGGAACGAGGCUAGCAUCAGGUGCAUUGUCUAAUUGAAUGAGCAGGGACAAACAGCUUGGAGUCAGAAGUACGUGCGCUAUUCUCGAACCUGAACGCACCCCAAGUCUUGGAUGACAAAUAAACAGAGCAGAGAGUCGACUCGACACGGCUGGUAGUUUCUUCAAUUUAUUCAGAGUAAGUAACGCACCGCUUUUGACCGUCAGUAACGGUAACGGCGUUGUAACAGCGUUGUAACGGCAGAAAAAGUAAUUAGUUAGAUUACCCCUUUACUGAAAAAAUAACGCCGUUACGUAACGGCGUUAUUUAUAACGGCGUUACUCCCAACACUGCAAUUAGUGACCUAUGCCCUUACAAAUUGGUGACUAAUCUUACAACGUUGUAUAUAACGUGCAAUAUGAAACAAAAAUAAAUCUCCAUUUUUAAAUUAAUAUGAAUUUAUUGUUAAUAUUGUAACAUAUAUCCUGGUGCAAUAAAAAAACAAUAUCCUCAGCUACAUCAUGAUUACUUAUAUUUAACAUUGACUUUUGUUAUAGUUGUAUGUAACGCUUUUGGCAAUUUCUAUCAUGUCUUGAUGGCUGCACUUCAUGGCACUUCAGCUCGCAAUUCAGUUUGACUUGAAGGUAGUUCGUUAGUGUGUCCGAUUAUAAAUUAAAAAGGUCAAUUGAUAGAAUUAACUUACCGACGAGAUUUCUUUUGCUAAUUCUGAGAAGUGGUCAACAAUAGUUGCAGGUAAAUUGUGUUCGGCAACAAAUUGGCAGAAUAAAAUCUCUGCUAUCGUAACUUUUCAUUCUGCAGACUUCAUCUUUAUGACCAGUGUUGUUUUUUUUUUUUUUUUUAAGUAAUUAAUUACAGUUACAAAUGACUUCUUCCAAAAAGUAAUUGAGUUAGUAACUGUUACCUGAAAGUAAGAGUAAUUAGUUACUUGGCAAAGUAACUGGGGUUGCCUUUCAUGUUUUUUCUUUCAUUUUUUCAAAACAAAAAACAUAGUAACCUUUGCUAUGUUUGGAAGUCAUUUAAUAUUGUGAAUCAACCGUUAAAGUUGUUAAAAUUGCUUCUGUUUUUGCAUUAGUUCCCUUCUGUCUACUUUCGACACGUGAAAGUUUUAAAGCUGUUUAAUCAUUUAAAGAAAAUCAAGAUUUUGCCAAUUUAGGAGUAUUUUAGAUAAAAAGUUACUGAGGUUUGCUAGGAAGGUUCAUUACAACAGACCCUAUCUGAGAAGUCUACUGCUUUAAAAUGGCGGCUGUUUACUAAUGCCUCCGAGUCUGUCAUUUCGCGUGUAGUUCUUUAUGCAUGUGAUAUCUAGGCGUAGAUUGUAGGCUGUCGGCUACAGUCAGGAAAUAUUGGAGCCAUCUAGCCUAGCAUCGCGUUUGCUACAGAGUGACAACAAACACUCUUCUCUCUCCGUGUCUCUGACUUUUCUCGCGUCAUUCAACCAACAUAGUAACGCAUAGUAACGCACAGUCUCGUUGUCGAAGCGGUGACAAAAUCCGAACGGAGAAAAAAAACAUAAUGCACGAAAAACGUACAGAUUUUGAACGUACGGCGUACACAUUUAAAAAUCAGUGCUCACUUGUACAAAUUACGCCGAAAGCGUACAACUUGACAGGUAGUGUGGUGCUUUUUUUUCCCCACGCAAAAAAGGAUUGCAAACUUGGUUGCUUGCGCAAAUUAGAUUGCACUUUCAAACAAACAUUGAAGCUACAGUACUCUAUCAAUAAAUUGGCACCAAGUUAAUAUAACAUGUUCUAGGUGUACAGGAGGAGUACAGCCAAAUAAAGUAAAUUUAGAACGUGGAAUGUGAUUCAUCAACCCUGAGACGACUGACUUUGUGACAAAACUGGCGCAAACAGCAUCGCCGUAUUGACCGUAUUGCGUUCAUAGCCGUUAGUUUGGUGACAAGUGGGUGUAGUCGAAAUGAGAGGUAAUGGCAAAAACCUUAAGCAAUUUAGAAAUGCCAGAAACAAAUGUCUAUGCCAACAUUCAGGGGUGUAGGGGUCAUGUACACUCCCAAAAUCAGUGGGCCCCUAUAUUAAUUUAGUAUUUUAGUAUUAAUUUAGUAUUUAAAAAAAAACAAAAAAACAAAACGUAAAUAUGCCAAUCUUUGUUGGCGGACCAAACCAUUUUGCACCUCCAAAAUAGGGUCCCCAAAAUUGUAGAGCUGUGGUUUCUCUUAGUUUACCCAUCCAUCCAGUCAUCCAUUCAUCUAUCCAUCCAUUUUCUCCCACUUAUCCGAGGUCGGGUCGCAAGGGCAGCAGCUUCAGCAGAGAGGCCCAGACUUCCCACUCCCCACCCACUUCAUCCGACUCUUCUUGAAGGAUCCCAAGGCGUUCCCAGGCAAGCUGGCAAACAUAGUCUCCCCAGCUAUCCCCAAGUCAGCCCCGUGGCCUCAUUCCACUGGGACGUGCUAGGAACACCUCACAAGGGAGGCAUCCCGGAGGCAUCCUAAUCAGAUGCCCGAGAACCUCAUCUGGCUCCUCUCUAUGAGGGGCAGCGGCGGCUCUACUCCGAGCCCCUCCCGGAUGAGCGAGGUCAAGGUCUGCAGCGCCCCAUCCACACUAUACACAGUGUUGGUGGUCUACUGCUUUCCCCUCCCGAGACCCCGUAUGGUGGAUUGAAUUUCUUUGAAACCCUCCGGAAGCCAUUUUCCAUGGCCUCCCCGAACUCUUCCCACACCCGUUUUUUUGCCUCAACAACCACCAAAGCCGUGUAUCGCUUUCCCAGCCGGUACCCAUCAGCUGCCUCUGGAAUCCUGCAGGCCAAAAAGGCGCGUAGGACUCCUUAUUCGGCUUCACGGGUUCUGGGAUUGCCGCCACGACAGGCACCGACGAUCUUAUGUCUGCAGCUCCAGUCUGCUGCCUCAACAAUAGAGGUGCGGAAAACGGUCCACUCGGACUUAAUGUCCCCCUGCCUCUCUCUGGACAUGGCUAAAGUUCUUACCCCACCGUUGGAGCCAACUCACCACCAGGUAGUUAUGGGUCGACAGCUCCGCCCCUCUCUAAACCUGAGUGUCCAAGACAUGCAGCCGCAAGUCCGAUGACACGACUACAAACUCAAUUAUCAAAUGGCCUAGGGUGUCCCGGUGCCAAGUGCACUUAUGGACACCCUUAUGCCUGAACAUGAUGUUCAUUAUAGACAAUCUGCGAUGAGCACAGAAGUCCAACAAAAUAACACCACUUGGGUUCUGAUAAGGGGUCUCUUAGUUUGUAAUUUAUCUAUAUCCGGACAUUUUCCAAAAUUAUAGAUUUUCAAAAAAUUUGAAUAUAAUCCAAAAUGUAGUUAUCGAAAUACUAAACUUAACAAUUGUAAGUUAUUAUCAAAAUAAGUUUUCCAUAAUACUAUAUUUUUAAUACAGUGUUUUUUAGGUAAGGUCUGUAUUUGAAAUAAAUUUUGAUACCAAUUAACUUAUUCACUCCUUGCCAUUUUUCACAAGACAUCGACUUCUGUCAUUUGUACCCGCCAUUUUGAAUGAGUUUGACCCAUUUUCAUGUGCCACAAAAUAUUGUGUUUUAUGGCUACACAAACAUGGAAACUACCAAAAGAAAAAUGAGCUUACCAUCUUUCACCAGGAAAAAAAAUAAGUAAAAGUAAAUAAAUAAAGUAAAAGUAAUUCAACUCACUUGAGUUCUUUAGUUGUGAGCAGGAGAACAUCAGAAUGUUUUCGGAAAGGCUUGUAUUUUUAUUUUUUUUUUUCCUGAAAAAAGGGUUUUGUGAAAACCCUCAUUUCAAACAUAACUUUGACACUAAUAUUUUUGCUUUUGUGACAACAAAAAUAUUUAAACAAUACUUUCCUCAUGUAGUAUGUCAUAACACAAAACGAUAACAUUAUUUACAAAUAUCUAUGAGCUAUUUAUAAUUUUUACGUUGGAAACUGAACUACAAUUUAACUACAUCCUUGUCUGCAUGAUCUCGUGAAUAUGAGUGUGACUGCGUGUGUAUGUGCGUUGGACGAGUGGAGUAAAAAUGUACUUAUAGCCUGUAUGAAGUUACCUUCAAGCGGGAUGACCAUUUAUUUCAGAAACACUCCACACCUUUGUAUUUAUCCAACCAUUUUGUCCACUCCGCUCAAUAUUCUUUUCUAAACUGACACCUGGUGAGCUUGCUGGCCAUUUUAGGGGCAUACAGAGAAAUCUUUCAGUGAAGAGUUGUGUCAUGCUUUUAUUAUAGCCUGCCUUUAAAAAAAAAAAAAAAAAAAAAAAAGCGUAAACAAUUUAUUAAUACAACUUUAGUAGCAAAUGUAAGUGUUCCAAAAGGGUGCAAAUAUGUCUCUGGUAGAGAAUGAGUUUUAAUUGGAGGUCCCAAUUUAUCUUAGAUGAAAAGCAUGUGGGGAGGCAAAAAAUAAGGAUGUUCAUAGGACCCUCUACCUCCUUGGGCCCUGGGUAGUAAGGUUCACCCCCACUACCACACCCAAGCCAGCAUUUCCCAAAGCAAAAAAAUGUUCUGUUGCAUGAAUGGCAGAAGGUGUUCACGUUUAUUGUACCUCAUAAUCAAAUAGGACAUGUUAGCCACUUACGUAUACUUGAAUAAAGAUAUAUAGACGCUGAUGUGACUUGCUACAAAAAGGUUUGUUUAUUAUCUCUGUUGUUCAUUGCAUAAUAGUAAAAGAUCUGUUGAGGCAUCUUAAUUUAAAUGAAGAUAUUUGUAAGCUGAGGGGGUGUAACAAAGAAACAUACUGGAGCACUGAUACUGGACCACUAGGGGUUCAGUCUAAUGAAUCAUUAAUGAGCAUCAAGAGAACUAAGAUGGAUUAAAAAAAGAACAGUGAGUUUGAGUGUGUGUGUGUGGUGGGGGGUGCACACACAUGUCCGUAGCUAACCCUUUCAUCGAUAGUAUAAAAAGACCAGGUGUGGGAGGAUUAGAAAAAAAGCCUCAACUCUGACAUUAACAUGAGGUCACUGCGUUUCUAUGCACUAAUUUAAAUGUGUGUAAUAAUGUGGUUUGUAAAUAUUUUGUACUAAAUACCAAUUCUCAGUGGACUGCACAUACACUUUUAUGGUCUAGAAAUGUUUAUCAAAAGAUAUCCUGAUUACAGUUUUUGCAUGUAGCCGUAGACGUGUGGCUGUUUUUGCUGAAGUGAAAGAGUUAAAAAUCUAGAGUGUCAGUGGAAAAGGAGAGGAGCUGAGACUGCAGCUGUGUCUUUGCCUCGUGAUGCGUUUAGCAACGUGACUUUGUUUACAUCCAUCGCGGAAAACGUAGACACCCUCGGAAAGGCGCUCUGCUUCCAUAAGGAACUGUGGAUCCUGUCAGGGACCAAGUCACAUGGGAGUGUGUGACAGCUCGUGUGUAAGGCUGUGUGUUCAAGCCUCCCGGCAUUGCCCCCUCUUCUGGAACCAGCAUGGCCGGGGGCAGAGAGCGCACUGGCCGGACCCAGAGGCCGUGGUCGGUCUAUCGGGCAAACACAUUCCAGUUGUCUAGUGAGAUAAUGGGCUUGGCCCUAGCAGGAAAUAGUCAAGACCCAGAUGAACCUGUACUCGAGUUCAGCAUUGCCUGCACAGACCUGCUGAAUCUCGGGGUGGAUCGGAAACCAAAUACCUUUGUAGCAGUGAGCUGUACGACACCACCACAGGCCUUCUGGACUAAACACGCCCAGACAGAAGUCAUAGAGGGUACUAGCAACCCCAUCUUCCUCAGCAGCAUCGCCUUCUUCCAGGAUUCUCACAUUAACCAUCAGACACAGAUUAAACUGGCUGUCUACGAUGUGAAGGACCGCUCCCAGGGCACGAUGUACAUGAUGGGCUCAGCUCUUUUCCCUGUAAAAGAGCUGUUGCAGGACAAAGACCACAGAUUAGAGAUGGAACUCCGGUCAGCAGAGAACAAGCGGGUAGGAAACAUCUCUGUUUCUGCGUGGCAGAUGGAAGAAAAAGUAGAUCAGAGACUUGUGGUCGGCCGUCUUCCAGAUAACAUCAAUGGCCGAACAGUGCUGCCGGUGGAUGAGAGUCUAACAGAGGCGAUGGGAGUACGGAUCAAGUACGCAUCGCUGUGCAGAGACACCCUUCUGCGUGCAGUAUUUGGAGGCACAAUGUCCAGGAUGUACCGCUUUCCAACCACUGAUGCCAACCACCUGCGGGUGCUCGAGCAGAUGGCUGAGAGCAUCCUGUCCCUGAACAUCCCCAGACAGUUUGUUAAAUUAUUGCUGGAGGAGGACGCAGCCCGGGUGGCUGAGCUAGAGGAACUGGGAGAGUUGUCACCCUGCUGGGAGAGCUUACGACGACAGAUCGUUUCACAUUACCAAACAGUUCUUGUCUCGUAUCAGGAAACUCUGUCUGACCUGACUGAAUAUAAAGGUCCAUCAUUCAAAGCAAGCAGCUUAAAGGCCGACAAGAAACUGGAGUUCUUGCCGACCAACCUGCACAUUCAGAGAAUGAGGGUCCAGGAUGAUUUGGGUGUCGAGCACACGUAUGACAUCAUCACUGUUGGAGCGCCAGCUGCACAUUGCCAAGGGUUUAAAAACGGUGGCCUGAGGAAACUCACUCAGAAGUUCGAGGAGGCAAAGAAACACGCAUAUGAGGAGGUUUGCAGCGCCCUCUCCAGCUCCCAGUCUAUCGUCUUCAUUCCUCAGGAUGUGGUUAGAGCCAAAGAGAUUAUCGCCCACAUCAACACCCUGAAGACACAAGUCAACUACUAUGCAGAGAGGCUUUCCAGAGCUGCGAAGGACCGGUCUGCCAGUGGACUGGAAAGGACACUUGCCACACUGGCAGAUAAGACUCGUCAGCUGGUGACCGUAUGCGACUGCAAGUUGCUUGCUUCAGCCAUUCAAGCCCUGAAUGCAGCACGGCCCGAAUACAUCGCUUCAAAAUUGUCUCCCUCCGCCGAUUCAGAUCAAGUCGUCCUCCGUAAUGACCAGGACACACUUCUUGCUAAGUGGAGUGGCAGUAGCAGUCGAUCAUCACUGCAUGUAGACUGGCAUGAGGAGGAGUGGGAGAAAGUGUGGCUGAAUGUGGACAAGUCUCUAGAGUGCAUCAUCCAGCGUGUAGACAAGCUGCUCCAGAAAGAAAGGAAGCCAGACAACACAGUUCAAGACCGAGUAGACACAGAACUACAGGGCACUUGCAUUAAGAAGGGGAAAAGACAAGCUUUCUGGAUCAACCCGGGAAGUCCAUCACAAGAGUUUCCAUCAUCAUCAUCAUUAUUAUCAUCCUCAUCUUUACCUCACCCAUCAUCAUCCUCCUCCUCUUUGCCUGCCAUCUCAUCGGUUUGCUCUGUGAACUCUGAACAAGACAGCAGUGGAAGCCCCAAUGUAGAGGAAGCAUAUCCAGGAGAGUGGAGUGAAGCGCUAUACCCCCUCCUAACCACGCUUACUGACUGUGUUGCCAUGAUGGGUGACAAGGCAAAAAAGUCUAUGGUCUUUCUGCUGAUGCAAGACAUUGCCCCGACCAUCGCCAUGGACGUAUCCCUGCAGUACCGUCGUGACGUUGUAUUCUGCCAGACUCUCACCGCUCUGGUCUGCGGCUUCAUUGUCAAACUGAGGAACUGCCUACGUGACAAUGGAUUCGUCAGGCAACUUUACACCAUCGGCUUGCUCGCUCAGUUUGAGUCCCUGCUCAGCACCUACGGAGAGGAGCUGGCCAUGCUGGAGGACAUGAGCGUCGGCAUCAUGGAUCUGCGAAAUGUUACCUUUAAGGUCACACAGGCGACGGGCAGCACACCCAUCGAUAUGCUGCCAAUCAUCACGGGCAACCGGGACGGCUUUAAUGUCCGCAUCCCUUUGCCGGGAACCAUGUUUGACGCAUUGCCACGGGAGAUCCAGAGCGGCAUGUUGCUGAGGGUCCAGCCGGUGCACUUCAACGUUGGGAUCAAUGAGCAGCAGACGCUGGCGGAGAAAUUUGGAGACACGUCCCUUCAGGAGCUCAUCAACAUGGAGAGUUGGACGAGACUCAAUUCUUACUUUGAACAGUUUAAAGAAGUCCUUCCUGAGGACUGCCUCCCGAGGUCUCGAUCUCAGACGUGUCUUCCCGAGCUACUCAGGUUUUUGGGAAAGAAUGUGGAGGCGAGGAAAAACAAGAACGUGGACAUCCUUUGGCAGUCAGCUGAGAUCUGUCGCCGGCUUAAUGGAGUUCGUUUCACCAGCUGUAAAAGCGCCAAAGAUCGGACGGCCAUGUCAGUUACCCUGGAGCAAUGCUUGAUCCUGCAGCAUGAACACGGCAUGGCACCACAGGUGUUCACGCAAGCACUCGACUGUAUGCGCAGCAUUGGGACAAGGGAGGGUGUGAUCCAGAAGAACCUGUGCGGCUUACUGCCGGUGCGUGACUUUCGCAUGGACCCCAGCCUCCUGUACUCGCUGCCCCUGUUGGCCCUCACUCCCAACCUCCUGGUCGUUUGGAUCUUCCUCAGCGUGACUUUUAUCUUGACAAGACUUCGUUGUGGCUGAAUGAUGUAGUCGAGCACGGCCAAUUUUUCUGUCAAUGCACUAGUCACCACAAGGAGGGGGUGUGAUGUGGUUCUGGUCCUGUGCUAACUCUGCUGCUUGCCCACUGAUGCCUCACUCAAAGAAACAUUAUCAUGUUUCCUAUCAAAUUUAGUGACCUGAUCACAGUAUCAUUGAGUAGUUACUUAACAUAAUGAUCUAGUCACUCUCUGUGAGCAGCCCGUAUUCAUGCGCAUGCGCUGCAUUUUUGAAAAGCACUUUGGAAAAUUGACAGUACACAGGAAAUUUAGUUAAAUGAUCUUAAUGGAUUGCUGUGGAUCACAAGAUUAUCUGUGGAUGGCAAAUAACACACAUUGAAACUAAAAUAACGUAGGCACUUAAACAGCUACCGUACUUGUCCUCAUACAGUGGGGCAAAUAAGUAUUUAGUCAACCACUAAUUGUGCAAGUUCUCCCACUUGAAAAUAUUAGAGAGGU